AGAGUCUCCAGACGUCUCUAUUUUUACGCACCCAAGAGUUCACGGAUUUACUUUACCUUUUCCUUCAUUGCUCAAGGGAGCGUUGUUUCUGUGGGAUUAAAAGUGCUAUGGAUCAGUUUUGAGUGUCUGGAACUGGGACUUUUGGCAAAACGGAGUUUUUUUUUUAUCGCGCUUUUGGUUGGCCGCUCGCCUUCGCUUUCUCCGCGCUUGCAGAACUCCGGAGUAUUUGCGGAGAGCUGAGGUUGUUUAAAACACAUUUUUACGGAGGUCCUAUAUAAUACAGGAAUACUUUUUCAAUCGUGUGGCAGCAGGCAGCGUUCGUGGCAAAGCCGUGCGCUUUAAAGUUGUCUUCCAAACACUGCAAUGAAGAGGACUUUCAUUAAAGCCUUCGACAGCAUAUCCUACGCAGUGGUCAGGACUAUGGCUCCUCUCCGCAAUUUAUAAGAAGGAAGAUCUGCAUGCACUGUAAGUGUCGCUGUGAGGACCAUGCAGUGACCACCAUGCCCGUGGAGAUGGAGAAGACGGUCACAAAGCUCAUGUAUGACUUCCAGAGGAACUCCACCUCAGACGAUGACUCGGGGUGUGCCCUGGAGGAGUACGCCUGGGUCCCACCAGGACUCAAACCCGAGCAGGUCCACCAGUACUACAGCUCCCUGCCCGAGGACAAGGUGCCCUAUGUGAACAGCCCAGGAGAGAAAUACCGCAUCAAACAGCUGCUCCAUCAGUUACCCCCCCACGACAAUGAGUUGCGCUACUGCAAUAGUCUGGAUGAUGAGGAGAAGCGGGAGUUGAAGCUCUUCAGUAACCAGCGCAAGAGAGAGAACCUGGGCCGUGGCAACGUCAGACCCUUCCCUGUCACCAUGACUGGCGCCAUCUGUGAGCAGUGUGGCGGGCAGAUCAGUGGCGGGGACAUAGCUGUGUUUGCAUCCCGGGCAGGACACAGUGUGUGCUGGCACCCGGCUUGCUUCGUGUGCAGCAUGUGCAGUGAGCUCCUGGUGGAUCUAAUCUACUUCUACCACGAGGGCAAGAUCUACUGUGGGCGGCACCACGCGGAGAGACUGAAGCCACGCUGUACGGCUUGUGACGAGAUCAUCUUUGCUGACGAGUGCACAGAGGCAGAGGGGAGGCACUGGCACAUGAAGCACUUCUGCUGUUUCGAGUGUGAGACGGUGUUGGGGGGUCAGCGCUACAUCAUGAAGGAGGGACGGCCCUACUGCUGCUCCUGCUUUGAGUCGCUCUACGCAGAAUACUGUGACUCCUGCGGGGAACACAUCGGUAUUGACCAAGGCCAGAUGACAUACGAUGGUCAGCACUGGCACGCCACAGAGGCCUGUUUCUGCUGUGCCCGCUGUAAGCGCUCUCUGCUGGGGCGGCCCUUUCUGCCCAAACAGGGACAGAUCUUCUGCUCACGCGCCUGCAGCCUGGGCGACGAGGCUAAUGGUUCAGAUUCAUCAGACUCCGCCUUCCAAAGCACCCGCUCCACCCGGGAGUCCAGGCACAGCUCCAGGGUGGGGAAGAGUGGAGGAGGGGCUGGGGGGCACGCCGAAAGGUUUUCAGGUGAAGUGGACCCGCUGUCUUUACAAAUGGACCUUCUAAGUCUCUCCAGCCAGACGCCCAGUUUGACCCGAGAGCCUCCUGCCUGGAAGAAGCAGGAACAGCUGUGUGAGAGCUACGCCUAUGAAGCACAGUCAGAGAUGGUGGCCAAACCCACCCCUCUGGAGCUGCUCAGCCAGUGCAAUGUCAGGACUACUUAUAGCAAUGCAGCUAGCAGCCAGCAGGAGCACAGGAGACCCCUGCUCUCAGCCAUGAAGGGCCAUUCUCUGAAUGACGCCUGGUUUCAGGGAGUUCCCGAUGAGUACCACCCCCCUAAACUGCGGACUCAGAAGAGCUUCACAGAGGUGUCCCAGUGCACACAGCACCACUCUGGCUUCUCCGCAGAAAAGCGUUCUGUAAGUCUGCAUGGCUUCCAGCGCGACAGAGAUCAGCCCCCCUCUGCUGCACAGGUGGCCCGCAGCAGGAACCCCAUCAAUGCACUUACCUUCACUGAGCACCUCACCCCGCUAGAGCAGACCCCCCGAGGCUCCAUGGAGUCCCUGGGCAUCCCCAAAAGCAUCAGUAACCCAGCUGAUGCAGCAGGGAAACACCAGGAGCAGCUCUCAAGGUUUUCGAUGCCAGAUCUGAGUAAAGACUCGGGAGUGAACUCUGAUAAGAGCAACAUGAACACACUGAACUCCUCUGUGCAGUUCCGCAGCUCUGAGUCUCUGCACAGCCUCACAGCGGGACAGCCCUACCUUGAACCCCCCCACUCUGCAUCGUAUCAGGGCCAGUACUGUGAGCCCCCCAUGGCGGUGGAGUGUGGCAGGGCUCAUGUCCCUCCUGGUUUCACCUUUCAGGAGGAGGACCGCCUCAGCCUGGUGAGCAGUGCCAAUGCAGCGCGCCUGCCCCCGAUCAGUGAGCGGAGGCUCAGUGCUGUGGGCGGAGCCAGAGGUGGUGCAUUUCACAUGGAUGCUCCAGAGGACACCCCCCAGAGACGCAGACACCACCACCGCCCCCGCCGCUCCAGGCGCUCUCGCUCAGAGAAUGCCCUCAACCUGGUGUCCGAGCGCAGACCACGACCUCAGGAUCGGCCACAGCUGCGCGUGCGCGAGGAUUAUGACCGCUUCCCUGUGCAGCGGAGCAGCAGAGAACAUUAUGGAGCAGGAGGGGGGAGGUACCAGCCCCAGCCCUUCAGACAGUGUCCCAGGACCACCUCUGACCUGUGCCUGCAGAACCCCCAGAACAUGCGGCACUCAGGACUAAACCAGUACACGUGGGACGACUAUGACGACGACUGGUGCUCCACAUGCUCCUCUUCCUCCGAUUCAGAAGACGAGGGCUACUUCCUGGGUGAGCCCAUUCCCAGACCUGUGCACAUGCGUUACCGGAGCAACCAGGAGCUUGGGCACAAAUAUAACACAGGAAUGGGCGGAGGCAGCCGCAAUGGACAGUUACACUCUCGCAACCGCAGGAAGAGCAAAAACUGCAUCAUCUCCUAACAGCAACUGUCAGUGUUGUGAAUCGUGAUUAUACUGCAUGGGUCACCCAAAGUCCGUGAGAAUGAUCUACCAGUGUUGGCACCUGUAUUUAGUAUCUAUAACAGUGAACGUAACAUACAAAAUCAUGUGCAAUGUAAUCCUUUUUAAUUUAAUUUCUACUGAGCAGUGAGCACAGUUGUGAGGCAGGAUACUAAUGUCAACCGUUUACUAUUUGUAUAUAGUAAAUAUUAAUAAUGUCACUUAAGUUAAAGAAGUCCCUGUACAUAUGGUUGUAAAUGAGGCCUCACAUAUUUUUAUAUUUUUUAUGGAUAAAACCUUUUAUGUGUCUAUGAUUUAGUCAUAGUAA